ACUGUCAGAAAACCUCCCAGCUAAACACCCAUAAGACUUCACACAAGUUGAUACUCUCUAUUUUAAGGACCACAGAAGCCAAGUUUCCAUACCUUCUUUGAGCAACAGAGAACAAAAGUCCUUAUAAAUCCCUCAGAGAAGAAUAAAAAGCUACCUAAAAGGAAGGUUAUCUCACAUUGGCUGCCAGCUUUUUAUCUUUCUCUUGACCACUUAAAACUUCAGACUUCCUGCUUCCUGGCAUCAUGGAGAAAGUCCAAUACCUCACUCGCUCUGCUAUAAGAAGAGCCUCAACUAUUGAAAUGCCUCAACAAGCACGUCAGAAUCUCCAGAACCUAUUUAUCAAUUUCUGUCUCAUCUUAAUAUGUCUCUUGCUGAUUUGCAUCAUUGUGAUGCUUCUCUGAAGUUCUGCAGCAAUCUCCAGAUGUGCAACUUACUGUAUUGGAUUAAAAUGUCAUCCCAUGAACGGGAAAACAAUACAGCCCACUUCCCAAGUAGAAGAAUUUCUUUAUGAAAAGGUCAAGAUUAAAACAAAUUGUUAGUAAAUGUAUCUGCUAGAUCUUGUAAACACGAAAAGGGCUUCAUUUUCAAAAUUAAUUCUGCAAUGACUAUACAUGUGUACAAUGUAACUAUUGAUUUCCUGAAAAUGGCUUAUAAAUUUCUUUCCUAAAUCUUU